AUGUCGAUCCUUUCACGAGCCGCGUCUGGCCACUCAUUAUCAUUAAAAUUAAAUACUGGACUUAAUCAUGUCUUUCGUUUUACACGUUCUCUACAAUCAACAGCAACAGACUCCACACCUGAAACUAUGGAGCUAGAUAGUGAAAACCAACAAGAAGAUCAAGGAACUGGUUUUUAUACUAUGGUAGAAAAAUUUUAUGAUCGUGCAGCUAAAAUUCUUGAAGAUAAACUAGUUCUCGAUAUGACAAAAUCGAAAUUAACUGAUCAACAAAAACUUACUAAAGUUCAAGGUGUUUUAACUAUGAUGAAACCACCAAAUUAUGUUUUGGCUAUUACAUUUCCUGUUCGACGUGAUAAUGGUGAAUGGGAAUUAAUUGAAGCAUGGCGUGCACAACAUUCAUUACAUCGAACACCAUGUAAAGGUGGUAUACGUUAUUCAUUAGAUGUUAAUUUAGAUGAAGUCAAAGCAUUAGCAGCUCUAAUGACCUUUAAAUGUGCUUGUGUCAAUGUACCAUUCGGAGGAGCAAAAGCUGGUGUUAAGAUUAAUCCUAAAGAUUGGUCGGAAGGAGAAUUAGAACGUAUAACACGACGAUUAACUGUUGAAUUAGCUAAGAAAGGUUUUAUUGGACCCGGUAUUGAUGUACCAGCUCCAGAUAUGGGUACAGGUGAACGUGAAAUGGCAUGGAUUGCGGAUACAUAUGCAUCAACAGUCGGCUGGGAAGAUAUUAAUGCAAUGGCUUGUAUAACUGGUAAACCUAUUUUACAAGGUGGUAUUCAUGGUCGAACAUCAGCAACUGGCCGUGGUUUAUAUCAUGGUGUAAAUAAUUUUAUAAAUGAAAAAUUUUAUAUGGAUAAAAUUGGUUUGACAACUGGUUUACCUGGAAAAACAUUUAUUGUUCAAGGUUUCGGUAAUGUUGGUCUCCAUUCCUCACGUUAUUUAACAAGACACGGUGCUAAAUGUAUCGGUGUACUUGAAUAUGAUGGAGGUAUAUUUAAUCGAGAUGGUAUUGAUCCAAAAGAACUUGAAGAUUAUAAAUUUGAACAUGGAACAAUCAAUGGUUUUCCUGGCGCUCAAAAAUAUGAAAAAGAAGAUAAACUCGCAUUGCUUUAUGAACCAUGUGAUAUUCUUGUACCUGCUGCUAGUGAACAACAAAUUACAUCAAGAAAUGCUCGUCGUAUUCAAGCUAAAAUUAUUGCUGAAGGUGCCAAUGGACCAACAACACCAGCAGCUGAUAAAAUUCUUUUAUCAAAAAAUAUUUUAGUUAUUCCAGAUAUGUAUAUUAAUGCUGGUGGUGUUACUGUAUCAUAUUUUGAAUGGCUUAAAAAUCUCAAUCAUACAUCCUAUGGUCGAUUAACAUUCAAAUAUCAACGUGAUACUAAUUAUUCACUUCUUGAAAGUGUACAAAGUUCAUUAGAAGCUAAAUUUGGAAAAAUGGGAGGAAAAAUUCCUAUUAUUCCAAGUGACAACUUUUACAAACGUAUGGCAGGUGCUUCAGAAGUUGAUAUUGUUCAUUCAGGUCUUGAACAAACUAUGGAACGAUCAGCACUUGCAAUAAUGAAAACAGCUCAACGUCAUAAUUUAGGUUUAGAUAUACGUACUGCCGCUUAUGUAACUUCUUUAGAAAAAAUUUACAAUGUCUAUUCAGCCGCUGGAAUGACAUUUGGUGUUUAA